CAUGCAUCUCAUGCUAUGAGUUUUUCAUGUCAAUUUGAAUAAAAUAAUAUUUUGAAGCUGAACUAUCCUAAUAAUGGAUCAAUGGAAUGAAAAAUCUAAAGAAUCGUUAACAUCUUUACCAGAUCAAUUGCCCAUUGCUUCUGAGUCUGGUUCGUCAAAUGAUGAAGAAUUUGAAACCAAGAAAAUUCUGCCAGACAAGCCAAAAGUCCUGCUCAAAAAUAAAAAGUCUCGUCGACUUCAAUCUAUUUUGAAACCGAAAAUAUCGGCAACAAAAAAAUACUUUACGGCGGGCUCGAAGGUGAACGCAAGUAAUGCUCACGACUUGGAUUCAGAACCUUCUCCAUUUGCGUAUCCCAAAGAACUGGAGGAGUUCGCUCAUAGAGUUAUGACGAAAGCUUGGAGAAAUGAUGUGAGAGUAAGAGAAUUGGGUUUGAAAUGCCGGAAAAAAUUCUGCUAUCGCGAUAAACUGCGAAGAAAUAUUUUGAACCGGUUAUACGUGGAAGAACCCUCCAUUAACACCAUGAAAACUAUUCUUGAUGUCGAUCCUCAAUAUUUCAAGAUUAUUGAAGGUCGACCUAUUCCAGAUAAAUUGGAUAUAAGAGAAUACAUAAACACAGUUCGAGAUACUUUACGAACAAGAAUCAUAGGAGGCUAUCGAGAAGAUGAUAUAAUGCUCAUAGAAGAGAACCUCCUUUCAGAACAAAAAAUGAUAGAUACUAUAAAAGAAAAUUAUCAGAUAUAUGUAAAUACAUUCGAAGAAUUCUUGUACAGAGAUCAUACGUCGGCCAUGCAGCUUUUGAGAAACUCUGAAAAGGCUGCCGAAGAAGCUUAUAAUGCAUAUGAGGAGUAUAAAAAGCUGGCUAAAAGAUUUGGAGCUUUGCGGUCAUCUUUGUACAAUUCGGAAGAAAAAUAUAGAAAUUGUAAAAUGUAUCAGAAGUUUUUGUAUACUGUCAGUCCGCUAUCUUGGAGAGGAGAAAGACAAAAAUUCAGACGUACAAGCGUUUUCAUGAUGGAACCAGUCGAUGAUGACAAUGAGGAAGAAAAAAUAUUUGGGAAGUAUCGUCUGUCUCUUGCUGAAAAAGGUGUGUCGCUGAAUGACAUUUUACAAUUAUUUCGCGAAGAAUGUAUGGAUGAUGAAUCCCCUCAGCUCUAUUUCAAAGAUCCAGAGCAGUUAAUGGAUGUGUUUCGUUUCAUGGAGAUGCAAAAUUUGAACUCAUUAUUGCAUGCUGAAGAAUUAGCAAUUCCCUUAGAGCAUGUAAAAGAUGGUAUGAGGGUAGCCGAGAAAAUAUUUGAAAGUGAAAUAGAAAAAUUACGAGGAUGUAUUGAUAGUCUUUCUGGAGGAAUAUCGUAAGUUCAUUGAUGAAGUAUCAAUUAUGUCGAUUGU